AUGUUGUCUGUCGAGCUGCAAGAAUGUCUUACAGAGGCCUCGUGUUUGAGACUUCUAGAGCAAGAGGUUCAAGCUCUUUUGCUCUCACAAGAGCAAAAGUAUGUGGUGCCAUUGGUAACUCGAUGGAAACUUACACGAGCACGAGGAGGAAUACAAUCGGUAUUCAUGAGCAAGCGGAAGCCAAGCUUCCAGUUCAAUGCGCAACCAAAGGGUAGACUUGAUGCUGGAGCAACUUUCUGCCCUGAGCAAGCAAUCGCACAUGGAACAAUGUCAACGGAUCCAGGUUGGAAUGUGGCUAAAGCGUAUGAAGUCACGCCCAAGUACAACGUCGCUGUCCACGUGGGAAAGAUGUCGACGUACGAAAAAUAA